UCAAACCCAUAAGCCUAUCGUGUCAAAUCGAAACUGAAAGUAUGAGGAGAGAGGACAUUUUGUAGAAAGGGCGUUCAACUGCCUCGCGCAGGACAGAUUCUGGAAACAAAAAGAAAGGCGUUUUUCUGACGUCAAACUGCAGAAAUGAGAAGAAUAAAGAGGAAGUUGAUUGACAGCGCUGCGGACCCCAGCCCUGAGUUAUCAAUCAGUUCACACAUGACAACAGAUGGGUCAGAGGGUCCUGGUGGAGUCUCCUGGAGGAGCGACGCAUCCAUGCACAUACCACCUAACAUCGGAGAUGGGAGUCCUGAAGGGUGGAGACCAAAGACAGAGCUCAAAGGAGAUUCAGAGUUUAAUCUCUCCUCUUGUAGUUCUCAGACGACAACAGAUGGGUCCCAGGGUCCUGGUGGAGUCUCCUGGAAGAGUGAUGCAUCCAUGCACAUACCACCUAACAUCGGAGAUGGAAGGCCUAAACGUUCACACACGACAGAUGGAUCCUUGGGUCCCGGUGGAGUCUCCUGGAAGAGUGAUGCCUCCAUGCACAUACCACCUAACAUAGGAGCUGAGAGUCCUGAAAGCCAGAUGAGUGAGGAACCAUCAGGCCUGUCAUGCAAACAGUGUCUCAGAUCAGACUGGGAUGAGUCGGACUCCCCUUGUUCGACGUGUGGAACGAAACGUCAGAAACUAUCUCAAAGCCAUAGAGUUGGUACCGGGGUCCAGGAUCUCUUCAAAUUAAAAGAUAAUUUUAAAGAAGAAAUGCGGAAAAAAUUUACCUUCACAUCUGAAGGUACUGGUGACGAUCGGGUUUCUUUGGACAACAUCUACACAGAAGUCUUUAUCACCGCUGGAGAGAGCGGAGGGCAAGAAGCAGAGCAUGAGUUCAGUCAGCUGGAACGUAAAUUGAAAAUGCCUUCAUUGUCUAAAUAUACAGUGAACCUCAAGGAUAUCUUCAGACCUUCGUCUGGCCAAGAGAAAAUCCAAAGACUAGUUCUGACGAAGGGCAUGGCAGGGAUCGGAAAAUCUUUUUCUGUGCACAAAUUCAUCUACGACUGGGCCAAGGGUGAUACAAACACAGAUUUUGAUUUUGUUUUCUACUUUGCUUUCCGAGAGCUGAAUUUGAGUUCAGGCGAUAAAAGCUUGCACAAGCUCCUGACCGACUUCCACCCUGUACUUGGUAAUUUGGAAAGUCCAGAGCUUUAUGCCAAAACCAAGGUUGUAGUGAUCCUGGACGGCCUGGAUGAAAGCAGACUCAAACUGGACUUUGAGAACACUGGGAGGCAAACAUCUCUGAGUGAAGAAACAUCUCUGGGAACUCUCCUAGUAAACCUGAUCCAGGGUAACCUUCUCCCGGAUGCUAAAGUCUGGAUCACUUCUCGUCCAUCAGCAUCCAGUCAGAUCCCAUCAGAGUAUGUGGACAUGGUGACAGAGAUAAGAGGGUUCAACGAUGCACAAAAAACUGAAUAUUUCAGGAGGAGAUUUAGUCAUGACUUGGGUCUGGCUGAGAGGAUCGAUUCACAUAUCCACUCUUCACAACAUCUCCAAAUUAUGUGCCAGACACCAAUCUUCUGCUGGAUUUCUGCCAUAUUAUUCCAGGAGGUGUUUGCUGAAGACAAGAACGCUGAAAUUCCUCAAACUCUGACAGAGAUGAUGGCACAUUAUUUGUUGGCUCUGACAAAACGUAGAAACAGAAAAUAUGACAAGAAGCCUCAAGAAAACUUUCUGAUAACACAUAGAGAAUUUCUUUUGAAACUGGGCAAGCUUGCGUUUGAUCAUCUGCAGAAGAACAGCCUCAUUUUCUAUGAGGAAGAGCUGGAAGCCUAUGGCAUUGACAUAAAAGAAGCAUCUAUCCACUCUGGAUUUUGCACAUCAGUUCUUAGGGAGGAAGAUGUCUUUUCCCAUAGAAAGGUUUUCUUCUUUGUUCAUCUGACCAUUCAGGAGUUCUUUGCAGCUCUUUACGUUUAUGACUGUUUUACGAACAAGAAAACGACAGAGCUCAACGACUUCCUGAAACUGAAGGACAAAGAACCAACUUUACUCGAGCUUCUGAAAGUCACAGUUGAGAGAGUGUUGAAGAAGAAGAAUUGCCACCUGGUCUACUUCUUACGAUUCCUCCUGGGCCUCCUGGUUGAAGCUAAUAUGAGAGUCCUUCAGGGUCUCCUAACAUUGCCGGACCCAAGCCAAGAUAUCGACAAGAAAAUAUUAACUUACCUGAAAUCCAUCCGGAGAAAGACCCUCUCUCCAGGAGAUAACAUCGUCCUUUUUAGGGUCAUGAUUGAAAUAAGAGACCAGAAAGUCAAAGAAGAGAUUGAGGAAUAUUUGAAGACAGAAUAUGGUUCAACACCUGAGCUGUCUCCCCUGCACUGCUCUGCACUAGCCUACAUGCUGCAGAUAUCAGAGAAUGAUCUGGAUUUGUUGGACUUGAAGAGUUACAACACAUCCGAUGAGGGCAGAAAGAGGCUGAUACCAGCAGUGAGGAGCAGCAGAAAGGCCAUACUGGCAUCCUGCAACGUGACGACAGAGCGGGUUGAGCAUGUGGCCUUUGGUCUCACGUUUCCCUGGUCACCUCUGAGAGAUCUGGACCUGAGCAACAAUGACCUGAAAGAUUCAGGAGUAAAGCUGCUCUGUGAUGGUCUGAAGAGUCAACACUGCAAACUGAAAAAACUGAGAUUGUCGGGUUGUCUGGUGACAAAGACUGGAUGUGAGUGUCUGGCCUCAGCUCUCCAGUCCAACCCCUCCCACCUGAAAGAACUGAACCUGAGCUACAAUGAUCCAGGAGAGUCAGGAAUCAACCUUCUCUCUACGAUGAAAGAAGAUUCAAAAUACAAGCUCGACAUUCUCAAGUUUGAUCAUUGUGGAAGUCACCGGAUGAAACCAGGAUUCAAGAAAUAUGCCUGCGAGCUCACGUUGGACCCCAACACAGCUCAUAAGAACCUGCGCCUGUCUGAAGAGAACAGGAAGGUGACCUGGGGGGAAGAGCAGCAGUCAUAUCACCCUCACCCAGAGAGGUUUGAUCAGUGCCCACAAGUGCUGUGUGAGCAGAGUCUGGAUGGGUGCUGCUACUGGGAGGUGGAAGUGACGGAGCCCUUCAACAUUGGGGUAACAUACAAGCCACCUCUCAGGAGCGGGGAUGUGGACGAUUGCAAGCUGGGAUGCAACGACAAGUCUUGGAGUCUGGUUUGCUCCGAUGAGGGUUGUUACACUCUGCACCGCAGCCAGAGAGUCGGUGUGUCCUCCCUCUGCCAGCGCUCCAGUCGGGUGGGAGUGUAUCUGGACUGGCCGGGGGGAAGUCUGUCCUUCUACAGAGUUCUCUCCAACAACUGGGUUCACCUCCAUACCUUCAGAACGAAGUUCAGUGAGCCCCUCUAUCCCGCUGUCGAACUCCACACUCAUUCUUCUGCAUUAUUUUGCUAGCCACUGUGAUUAAACUCUGACUUCGUUCAUGUGCAACCAAAGUGUGUCGAUAAGUGCUCUGUCAACACUUAUAAACUCGUUCCACUACGUUUGGCCUCUUUUCCAAACAGCGUUUUACGUGUGUCAUACACUGAGAUUAUAUGCAAAUGCCUUGCGAAGUGCAGACUUUCAAAAUGAGAUGGCGCAUGCUCAUUGAUGCUUUGUUUAUGCUAUAGGUCUAAUUACAAGUUAGCAGCUAUAGCAGCUAUAUUUAGCAUCACGGCACUACAUUACCAUUCAUUCACAGGCGUCUGCCUCGCUCAAUGUUACUCUGAUCACAGCUUUCUUUUCUAGCUUCUGACAGAUCGUCAAAAUUGCACUUUCUUGAUUGUUGUUGUGGGUUUGUACCCUCAUGGUUGAAUGCUUUCGCUUAGGAUAAAAGCUUCAGCUAAAUGUGAAUGUAAUGUAAUGUAAUGUAAAGAGCAUUAGUAUCGACCUGAUCGCCACCUACUGGCCCAGAGGCUUGUUUGAGCAUUUGUAGUGAUAAGAAUGCUGAUAUUUGCAAGUUAGUGGUGUGAGGGUUCUGUAUAACUACUGAAAUGUGUAUCUUGUUUCUGUUUUGUAUUUUAUAACUUGUAGUUAUAAUAUUCCAUUUAUUCAUUGACCUUCAAUUAAGCUACGAAGUGUCUUUUCUAAUCAAUGCUGCAAAUACUUAUAUCUUUCUGAUGUUUUCCUACACGUGGCAACUGUUGCACUUCUGUCCGUCCUGGGAGAGUGAUCCUCACAUGAUGCUCUGAGGUGUCUACGUUUUUUUUACCCUGUUAAAAGUGUUUUUUGUAGUUUUUCCUUUAUCUUGUUGAGGGUUAAGAACAGAGGAAGUCAAACCUUAAGAAUGCUGAUAUUUUCAAAUUAGUCGGGUGAGGGUUCUUUAUAACUACUGAAAUGGGUAUCUUGUUUCAGUUUUGUAUGAUAUAUCCUAUAGUUAUAUAAUAUAUUGUAUUAGCUUUGUACUGCAAUUGGUUUAAUCUCUGCAGUUUGUAUCGUUUUGGUAAAGAAGGGUUUAAUAAACAUUUAUAUCUUU